AUGUUGAGGGCUUUACCUGCUUUUGUUCGAAAAAUGUCAAGCUCUGGUAGCGGACUGGCGGGUAGACUAAUAUGGAUUGACUGUGAAAUGACUGGACUCGAUUAUGAAAAACAAACGUUAGUUGAAAUAGCAACUAUUGUCACUGACAAGGAUCUAAAUAUUGUUGCUGAAGGCCCAGAUAUAGUGAUAUAUCAACCAGAAAAUGUACUGGCCAAAAUGGAAGAAUGGUCAAAACAGAUGUUCACUAAGAACGGCCUUUUGAAGAAGAUCCAAGAAAGCACUGUGACUCUUCCAGAGGCGGAAGAAAAGGUUUUGCGGUUUUUGGAGAAGGAGACUGAAAAAGGAGAAUGUCCAUUAGCAGGAAACAGUGUGAGCGCCGACAGAUGCUUCAUAAAGAAAUAUAUGCCUCGUCUGGCUGAGCAUCUUCAUUACCGUACUGUUGAUGUUUCUACUGUAAAGGAGCUCGCAAGAAGAUGGUAUCCGGACGAGUUUUCCAUGGCGCCACAAAAGAAGUGUACCCAUCGAGCUUUAGAUGAUAUUCGUGAAAGCAUACAGGAACUUCAGUAUUAUCGAUCUAAUAAAGGUGGUGCAGGUUGUACAAAUCCCUAUCAUUGCACUGUGGCCAUUAUGACAACAGAAUACAACGAAUUUAUCAAAGCGCAGGAUCUCUGCUUUGUUCAGUGA